AUGGCAAUGGACAUGAUUGACCGCAAGCUUCUCAACCUGAUCCAGGGUCCCUUCCCCAUGGUUGAGAAACCCUACCUGGACCUGGCGGAACAACUGGAAACCACUGAAGACGACGUACUGGCACGGCUCACCGACCUGAAGAGGCAGAACGUCCUCCGUCAGAUCAGCGCCAUCUUCGACACCCGGCGCCUGGGCUACAAGACCACCCUGGUGGCCAUGGCCUUCGAGCCGGAAAAGCUGCACCGCGCGGCAAUGGAAAUAAACCGCCACCCCGGCGUCAGCCAUAACUACGCCCGCGAGGGCUCCUACUACAACCUGUGGUUCACCCUCGCAGUGCCGCCGGAGCAUGACCUGGAGGCCACGGCGAACCACAUGGGCCGCAAGACCGGGGCCGUGGAGUCCCGGGAUCAUGCCGACCAUCCGGUUCUUCAAGAUCGGCGUGAAUUUCGACAUGGUGAACCAGCAAGGCUCGUCGUUUAA